AUUUGAUGCUGGGGCAGGGAAAUCAAGGCCCAAGGGCGCUGAAGUGUACUCGUACCUGAGUAGUGAGAAGAGGGUGAAGAGGCAUGGGCGUUGUCCAUACAACAAUCACCGCCACCCAUACAAACGUCGCCUGCUCGCCUGGAGCUGGCACCGACCUUUCUCUGCCGCUGCCACUCACUCACUGCCACUCACUACUGCCACUGCCUCUCCUCUCGCUCCCGCAGCCGGCUCGCUGCUUGUGCUUGACCGACCUCUCAUCUGAAAGUCCGGCUCUGGCUGCAGAGUAAUCAAUCCUCAAAUCCACCGCGCGAUCACCACUACUACUCGUACCAAGCCUCUACUCGAGUACCAUCUACACAGUUGUCCUUUGUUAGUAACUUGGGCUACGCAACCAGCGCGGCGGACUACCGAACUCUCUCCCCCAGCCACCGUCGACGCCGACGCCGACGCCUUUAAGAACAUCCUCCAUUGUCACUUCAGAGGACCCCAAACGACCCCCAAUUGCAUCGCAUUGAUCGUGGCAGUGAAGAUUGAUUGAAGUGGUCGUCGCAUAACCGCACCCCAAUCAUAAUCGAGGCUCGAACCGCUCUUGACUUGGUUAAUGAAGUCAAUUGGAGCACGACCGCGACCUCGAUCUCUCCAAAACACUCCCACCACCGAAUCAUAGACCACACCACCCUCAGCACCGACACGCAAGUUGCUGCGGCCGAUCGAGUUUCCAGUGGCGACAAACAGAUCUACGACGGCAUCGAAUAGACCAUUACGAUAUCCGCGACGAGAACUGCAUACCUAAAUCUGAGAACGAAACUGGGUCGAGGAAGCUCAAAGGUCCUCACUGAAUCGUUUUCCUCACUUUGCGCGCAGCGCUCCGAUCGAGACGAUGGGUUCAACGCAGUUCGGAAAUUUCCAUGUGAGUACAUAGCAGUACUUUGAGCUCCCCGCGCAGUGCUCAACUCCUUCGGUGCCAGGAGUCUUGCUGACCGCAACCCGACAACAGGAUUUCUGUCGCGACUCGACUCUUCCUAUCUGUAAUGUAAGCAAUCAUCCGAAACACUUUCCCGAUAUUCACUAAUUCAUCCGCAACAGCUUUUCCCUGGAUUCAGUUAUGCAAACCCAAGCCAAUUGAGUUGCCAGCUCACCGGUAUUUCUUUGAGUGGUGGAAGACAUCUAGGCAACUUGGGUCAGUAAUCUUGCAACUGCAUUCUACACCAGUACUUAUGAUAAACAGGGUCAAUAAUACUCGCGGCCAUAGCAAUUGCCGUAACAGCUUUCUUAAUAUGGCGGUCAGACAAAAAACAGGCUGCGGUUGGUCGAAGGUAAGAAUGCGUUCUUGACCCAGUUUUGCCGGCGUGUGGGCUAAUUUGGAGGUGACAGGGAAAUGCAAUUAUUCCUUCUGGGUUACAUCCUGAUUGAAAUCUGCGAAAUCUUUACUGUUGGCAAAUUUCCCCUUAACAACACAGUACUGAUUGCCUUUACGGGUAUUCAUUUGGGCAUGAUUACUGCUACUCUCUGGAUUCUCUUAAUCAAUGCCAUUGUUGGCUAUCAACUCCUCGACGACGGUACUCCAACGUCGGUUGGUCUCAUUGUUGCAUCUUCUGCAGCACUCUUCAUCGGAACGGGAUAUAUCGCCCUCGAUACUGGCUACAGCUGGACCGGAUAUUGGGACAGCAGUCUGAGCCCACCCAACCGAGGCAUCGCACUCUACGUCCUUUACCAACUUGCACCUCUAGUAUUUCUCUUUGCAUUCUUUGUGUUGGAGACUCUAUUGGUCAUCAGAGUUUUGGGUGAGCGCAAACCAAUGCUCUACCUUGGAGCCGCAGCUCUCCUUUUUGCCAUUGGACAAAUCUUCAACUAUGUCGCUAGUGUUCACAUCUGUAUCGGCACCAAAGGAGCAAUCGAUGGAGCUCUCUUCCAGACUUUGUUCACUCUGCUCUCGGUGGUCACAAUCUGGGUCUUCUGGUCGAGCAUUACCGAAGAUGACUGGCCAAUGCCAGCGACUACAUACUCAUAGCGAUAACCAAAGUUGAGAUUGUUUUAGGGAAAAACCGGCGUUCGGGAUGGGCAUUUUUUUCAGGGAGCGGCACUUUUGACAAGUUUACACGAUAUUGUUUUGAAACUAUUACACGGAGACAGCAUGUUUUGCUCAGAAAUACGGACUACUUAUUAUAGGUAGAAGAUAAUUGAGGACGUACAAUACUUACGGGCUCGGGGAUGGAGGAUAGCUGGGAGGGAAGGGGGAGAGAAAACAGAUAACAAGAGGACGAUGAUUGAAGAGGAGCACCUUUCUGUUUGUUCUUCCUUUCUUUUCUUUGGCUUCUUUGGCUUUGUAUAUGAUUUUUUUUUUCUUUUCUCUGAUGUUUCUUCUUUUUCUUGUUGCAUUAGUAGUAUACCCAGUGUCAUGGCGGGCGAGUUUAUUGGACCCAUGACGCAAAAAGAAAUUAGAGUUUUUUAAUAACAUGUAUGGUUAAGAGUCAGAGUCAGAGUCAGAGUCAGAGUCAGA